ACCACAUUGGUUUAUAUCGUGGCCGUUCGGCUAACUUCGAGAAUAUCGUACAGUGUUGCCUCUUGUCAACAGUCAAAAGAGUUUCCUUUGCGGAAAACUUGUGUCUCACUCUCUCUUUCUUUCUUUCUCUCUCUUUUUUCUACACGACAAUAAUAUUGUCGCAAAUUAUUUCUCAGUACGCAAAAAGUAACGGUCAAGUUCGGACGUAUUUUUUUUUCGUUUUGCCUCAGUGUGGAAAAAAGUUGUUGUGGUCUUUUUGAAAAAAAAUCGAUUUUAGAAUUUUGUGAAAAUUUUUUGGAAAUAAAAGGGUUUAAUAAUUUUGAAUUAAUUUAUGUAGAAGUAUAUUUAUAGUACAAACAUUUAUUUGUAAUAUAAAUAACCAGAAAAAAAAUAAUACACUCCUGAAAAUAAUUACAAAUAAAAAAUUAAUUUUCCUAGUCGUUGUGUUUACCAGUUUAGUAAAAAUUGUGUCCACUGUUUGAAAAAUCAAAAAAAUGAUUUUAAAAGUGCAUUGAAAUUUAAAAGAAAGCAAAAGUGAAAAUGAACCGGUUUGGUGAUUCUGUGAGAUUGAAAGUGAAAAAUAUAAUUUUUUGAAAGAAAUUAAAAAUAAAAGAGGAAAAGCAUUUAUAGUGGACGUUUUUGAUAAAAAGUGUGGUGCUCGAAUAAAAAAAAAAAAAAAAAAAAAUGGCAACUGUUUCUGGUAAAAAUAAAUUGAAAAUGGGCAGUAGUGGCCGAUAUUAUGGCGCUUAUCUCAUCUACGAUGUGGCAAAUUCUUACCUGUCCGCUUUGCAUGCGAAGAUACCAGCAGCCGGUGCCACGCGAACCAAUCCGCCGUCACCAGUUCAUGUUCAAAAUCCUCAACACUAUCACAUAUUCGUUGGGGACCUGAGCCCGGAGAUCGAGACGCAGACCUUGAGAGAAGCCUUCGCCCCCUUCGGCGAGAUCUCGGACUGCAGAGUAGUUAGAGAUGCACAAACCAUGAAAUCCAAAGGUUAUGGCUUCGUUUCGUUUGUUAAAAAAGCGGAAGCGGAGAGCGCUAUUGGUGCAAUGAAUGGCCAGUGGUUGGGGAGUAGAAGCAUCCGAACGAAUUGGGCCACACGUAAACCACCGGCACUUAAAUCGGAAGCGAACGCAAAACCGUUGACUUUCGACGAGGUCUACAAUCAAAGCAGUCCGACCAACUGUACCGUUUAUUGUGGGGGUUUGACCAAUGGUCUAACAGAGGAGCUUAUGACGAAAACAUUCUCGCCAUUUGGCACCAUUCAAGAAAUCCGUGUUUUCAAGGACAAAGGAUACGCAUUCAUUAGAUUUUCUACAAAGGAAUCGGCAACGCACGCUAUCGUUGCAGUGCACAACACUGAUAUCAAUGGUCAGACGGUGAAGUGUAGUUGGGGUAAGGAAAGCGGAGAUCCCAACAAUGCUCAACAGACCGGACAGGCUCUGUCUUCGGCGACGUACCCAUACUAUGCAGCGGCAGCUGCAGCUGCUGCAGCAGCAGCGGGCGUCACAGGGGUCGGUGGCGUUGGUGGUGUUGGUGGUGCUGGUCAACUCGGAUAUUGGUACCCUCCACAAUCUUAUCCAACGACAGCAACGCAGAUGCAAGCUGGCGGAUUCCUUCAAGGAAUGCAGGGUUACACAUAUGGCCAAUUUCCGGGUUAUCAACAAACCCAGUAUUUAGGAAUGGGAAUGGGAGUUCAUGCAGCGGGAACGGCUGCUGGUUGGGGACAGGGUUUACCUGGUGGACCUCAACUUCCGCCUCAUCACGCCACGACGGUGACAGCACCACCUGGAGUUCAAGCGGCACCACCACCACCCCCACCUCCAGCGCAAAUGAUGGCCUAUCCCAUGCAACAAUUCCAGUGUGUUCUUGGUUGCGGUCCAGCUAGCGGAUGAGGACUGGCUGACGCCUAGCCUCCUAGUGUGAUGGUAAGCAAGCACAACCCAUCGACAGGAAUAACUUCAACAACUCCAGCUACGACAACAUCAACAACAAUCAUUAACAUCGCCUCAACCAACAUCAAUCUUAUUAGCGCUUCAACCAUCACAGCAUUAUCGAGAAGAAACGUUCCACUUCCCGCUUAAAAAAAAAAAACAAAAAAAAAUCGUACAUUGUCACGAUUAAUAUAAAAAAAACAAUUAUUGAAAAAGUUAUUAAAAUAAUUUCCAAAAAAAGAAGCGAAUACAAUGGUUCGUCUAAUGGAAAAAUUGUUGUAGUUUUUCUCCGCAAUAUAUUUCAAAAUACGGAGUAAAAAACAAAAUUUCGAGAAUUAUAAAUAUGCGGAAAUAAUUCUCAAAUAAAAAAGAAAAAUCUUUAAACGAACCAUCGUAUUACUUCUUUAAAUCGUUUUCUGAAUUGUCAAACCACGAAACAAAAAAAAAUUGUGGUAAAGCGACUCCGAAGAAGUUCGCCCGAUUCUCGAGGUCCUUUGACGAGAAAAAAAAAGAAUAAUCUCGAUAGGUAAUAAAUUUUUUGAAAUCCCUGCCCCCUGACCCAGUUAAUCCCCAAUUUAAACGGGACACGAGACACACUUGGAUCUUCCGCAAAAAAAGUGGCACACACAAUAUUGCGCGCCCAAAAAAAAAGGAUCCGUUAUUUUUGUAGUUUUCAAUCGCGGCGAUUUUUUCAAAAAAAAAGGGCCACUAUAAACAAAGCCGGGUUGUCGUACUUAUUAACCAAAGCAAACAAAAAACAAAAAACCCAAAAAAAAACUGUAUAAACAAUAGAGCAAAUGUGAGAAAAAAAGCAUAUUAGACAAAAAAAAAGGAUAACAAUAUUGUAGGUAGUUAGGUAUAUUAAUGUAGUGUGAUAUAAACAUUGAGGACGAGCCGAAAUUCGGAGAUUUUAGGCAAAAUUUAUUAGCAAAAAAAAAAAUAAAUAAAUGCCAAAAAUAGGGGAAAAAAGGCCCUGCACAAAAUCAAGGGCGCUAGUGACACAAUCAAAAAAAUGAACCUAGAGAAACUUUUUAUCGCAUCUCCAUUAAUUCAGAUUUUCAAAGAUUUUUCUAUAUGAAAAGAAAACGGGUACUAUAUCGCAAUUCAAGACGCAGAUCAUUGAAAAGAAAAUUAUCAUUAUCGAAAAAAUCUCAUAAAAAAAAAUGAUGAAACAUUUGUUCGAGUAUUUCAAGUUUUUAAAUAAAGACUUAGAUUUUUUAUACACACAAUAAAUUAUACCAUGGGUAUAUAAAAUUAUAGACAGCGAGUAUAAAAUCGUGAUUUAAGGAAAAACGGCAAAAUAAAAGUCAGUGAGACUGAUAAGGAUUGUUAAUUCAUUAGAAAGUACCCUUGAACUUUUCUAAAUUCUCUAAAAUUCAAUUUUUGUUGGAAAUCAAUUUUUCUUAGUGAGAACUUGGAAAAGCCCAAUGGUCUUUAUUUAAUAGACAUUUUGCAAAUGUGAUUUUUUUAAUGAAAAAAUUGAAAGAAUUUUCCCUUUUUUUACAGGAAUGAAAAUAUUUUUUUUUUAGGAUAAAAAAGAUUUUAUUGCGUAAAAAGAGUUGCUAACU